GCGGCUGAGCUAUAGCAGAUAAGACACUCAGCUGUCGUGUAUAGUGUCAGAUGACCCCCUACUGUCGCGUUUACUAUUCGUCUUCGAAUGUCUAAUAUAUUUUGUUUCUGAACUUAAGGCCUAAGUUAGCUAACGUAGUGUUACUUAAGUAGUAGUAACAACAGCGGCUGCUAGUUAACUCGGUAGCUAUUCUGACCGUUCAAUGGAUUUGUUCCUAAAUGUAAACAGUACUGACUGCGUUCACAUUGACGACAAUUCAAAAGCCAUUGGAAAAUGUGCUGAAAUUGCAUACAUAUUUAUACGAUUGCACGGUUAAUUAGUGUCUACUUAGAACGAGCUGGUCAUCUACCCCAAACAUGACAACAUUUAUAUUGUACUCCUAGCGAUCCAAAGCUUGACGGUUCUUCUUGUACUUUUGACAUUUCAGUGCUUUGUCAGCAGCAAAGCCUCCAUUGAUAACACCGCGUGAGAAAAGCAGCUGUUGAAAAGCCAAUAUGCCCCGACAUGAGCACAGUACCUUCCUGUACCUGAAGUUUCUGGUGGUGUGGGUGCUGGUGCUGCUGGCAGACUUUGUGUUGGAGUUCAGGUUUGAGUACCUGUGGCCCUUCUGGCUAUUCAUACGCAGUGUCUACGACUCCUUCAGAUACCAGGGGCUGGCGUUCUCAGUGUUCUUUGUGUGUGUGGCGUUUACGUCUGACAUCAUCUGCCUCCUCUUUAUCCCUGUCCAAUGGCUGUUCUUCGCUGCCAGCACCUACGUCUGGGUCCAGUAUGUCUGGCACACAGAGAGAGGAGUGUGUCUACCCACCGUAUCGCUAUGGAUACUGUUUGUUUACAUGGAAGCUGCCAUCCGCUUCAAGGACCUGAAGAACUUCCAUGUGGACCUGUGUCGCCCCUUCGCAGCUCACUGUAUUGGCUACCCGGUGGUGACUCUGGGCUUUGGCUUUAAGAGCUACGUCAGCUACAAGAUGAGACUGAGGAAACAGAAAGAGGUGCAGAAGGAGAAUGAGUUCUACAUGCAACUCCUACAGCAGGCUCUGCCCCCAGAGCAACAGAUGCUACAGAGACAGGAGAGAGAGGCAGAGGAGGCGGCCAUGGCUAAAGCUGUGUCAUCAGAUGUGGACCCUACCCCGCCGGUUUCCCAAAAUGGGUCAACUCCCGGCAAGAAGACGCCCGUUAACGCUUCCGUUCCCUUACCGGAACUGGAGUACCGGGAGAAAGGGAGAGACGGGAACAGCAAGGAACGGGAGGGCAAACAACAACAACAACACACAAUAGGAAUCAACAACAACAGUAUCCUCCACACACUGGACUCCACAUUACAGGAGACGGAGUAUAUGGAGAACAUGGGGGGGAAGAGACUGAAUAACGACCUCGGAGGAGAGCUCACACACACAGGCAACACACACACUCCCAAAGAGGAGGUGGGGGGAACAGGGGUAGGGGGAGGGAAGAACUGCAAAAAUGCCAGCGGAGGAGGUGUGGCCACAAACUCCUCCCCUCGGAAUCACAGCGCCACCAAUGGGAAUGUGCCGUCGUCUGGCUUGUCCAAUAAGAACGAGAAAAAGACGAAGUCUGCCGGGAAGGGAGGAGCCAAUCAGAAGGAUCCCGUGGAGAACUGUAUUCCCAAUAAUCAACUGGGCAAGCCUGACGCUCUCGUGCGGUUGGAGCAGGAUGUGAAACGACUGAAGGCGGACCUGCAGGCGAGCCGUCAGUUGGAGUCAGAUUUACGUUCUCACCUCUCCUCCCUGACCAGCCAGGACAGGAGUCUGCGCUCAGAGCUGGGCCAGCUGCGACAAGACAACGAGAUGCUGCAGAACAAUGCUGACCAGGCCAAGCAAAAGGACAAGCAGACCAUCUCCCAGCUAGAGAAGAGGCUGAAGGCAGAGCAGGAGGCGCGGGCGCUGGCGGAGAAACAGCUGGCUGACGAGAGGAAGAGGAAGAAGGUGGAGGAUGCCACCGCAGCCCGGGCUGUAGCACUAGCCGUAGCCUCCAGGGGUGAGUGUACUGACUCCCUGCGUGGGCGGAUCAGAGAGUUGGAGACGGAGUGUAAGAAACUCAACAUCGACGUGAAACUCGAAGAAGAGCACAUUAGAGAGCUGGAGGGGAAAUGCCAGGAGCUGCGUAAGUACAAGGAGAAUGAGAAGGACAUGGAGGUGUUGAUGUCUGCGCUGUCGGCCAUGCAGGAUAAAACCCAGCACCUAGAGAACAGUCUGUCUGCUGAGACCAGGAUCAAACUAGACCUCUUCUCUGCCCUGGGAGACGCCAAGAGACAGCUGGAGAUCGCACAAGGUCAGAUCCACCAGAGAGACCAGGAGAUAGCAGAGUUGAAGCAGAAGAUAGCUGAAGUGAUGGCGGUGAUGCCCAGUAUCUCCUACAGCAACGACAGCAGCAGCCUCAGUCCCGUUACGCCACACUACUCCUCCAAGUUCAUGGACAAUAGUCCCUCUUCUCUUGAUCCCAAUGCAUCUGUCUACCAGCCACUCAAAAAGUGACAGUAGCACACACACACAUUAAUACACACUAACACACUUACUCACAAGGCAGCAUACAUAGUCCCAUUACACACAUACAACAGACAAAUACUUUUGGUCAUGUUUUUAAGUUGUGUGUUUUUGGGAAGCGAUAGGAAAUGUUUCUCGGAGGUGUCUAGUACUAGCCUCUCAAAAAUGGGACACACCAGACCCAAUUGGUCGUGGGUUUGUUCCCAUGGUGACGCUUUUUUUUGGGGGGUCUGUUUUUGGAACAGAUGGAGAGGUUGUGUAAAACGACAGUUGACGUUUUAGGGAUUGAGAUGAUGACGUUUUAGGGAUUGAGAUGUUGACGUUUUAGGGAUUGAGCCAUUCUGUUUUUUACUGGUAAGAGAGACGUAAAGGGACAUCAGGUUGACAAGGACGCUGUCCAAAAAUAACACCCUAUUCCCUAUUUUGACCUGGGCCCAGUGGGAGAUGGAGGCAGAUGAGGACUGGCUGGUUCGUUGAUAUGAAUGUUUAGAAUGACUCAUUGUAUUGCUCGGUCACUCUUUCUUUCAGUCAGGGAUUCAUGAUCGCUCUCUCUUCUCUCUCCAUUCUAGUUCAGUUUUUUUUUUACUUUGAGUCUAUUGCCAAACUUCUCUUGGUUUUAAAUGAGACAACUGAAACAUUUUGAAUUGUUAAAAUGGCACCUUCUGUGAGUUUGAUUAUGACUGUAAAAUACUUUGUUUGUGUUUUGGUUUUAUCGCCCUAAAGUGUGGUUUUGUUUUGUUAAAGUGACACAUUUCAGUUUUAGUUAUGAUGACAAUGGUAAUAUCAUCAUAACUAAAUGUACAGAUCGCCAAUUUGUACAUGAUUCCAUUUUGAAAAUGUAUAACUGACUCCAAACAGCGUCCGGGAUUAUCAAUUAACUCAAAACACUCCUGAUUUGUAGCGUUAACUCAAACACUCCGGUCAAGAAAUCCAUAAAUCUCUCAAAAUAGGAUUGUCAAUAAAUAUGACCUGGUACUGUCUAGAGGUUAAGCAAUGUCAUCUGUUUGCUGUUUAAAUGUACUUAAACCUGUCUCUCCUUUUGGACCAAAUUGCAAUCUGUUGUUAGGCCAUAUAACUAAAAACAUACUGGAUUUAAUGAUGUCUAAGGUAACUGAUAUUUUUACCUGUUGUCAAUUUCACUGUGCCUUGCAAUUCCUUUUAUUUGUAUUAUAUAUUUAUUAUUAUAUAUUUAUUUUAAGUAGUUAGUAUAAUGAGUUACUUAGUCGAUCUUGAUAUAGGACCCUCCCUCCAGGCUGUGUCUCAAUAACGUGAGCUUUCUGGCAAGUGGAAGCAACAUAUGGUGAAAGCUUAUCCAGGCCUCUCACCUAAUCAUGAAGGAAGGAAGCCAGUGUAGUGGAUUGAGAUGUCUCCUUAUUUCUCACCAUCUCCCAUGCAGCCCCAGUCUCCCUUUUCUAUUAGGCCCCCGUUUGCUGACGCAACACUGACCCAAGUAAACUAUGGGAUUUGGUUCGUUUUGUAUAGGGAGUUAGGAACGACCCCGUCCGCCAAACAGCUAUUUAAAUAUGUCUGGAGCCUAAAGUUUUACCUGGCCAAGCCAUGGGGUGAGUAGAACAAACACCAGGCCUUUAUGUCCAAUACUACGGUAGCCCAGAGUGGACAUCUAUCUGUUUACAACCAGGGUUUUGGGGUCAAUUCCAUUUCAAUUCUAGGCAAUUCAGGAAGUACACUGACAUUCCAAUUUACAUUUUUUAGUAAGGGAAAAUGUGGAAUUGGAAUUUGGUUAACUCUCUGAAUUGAAAUGGAAUUGACCCCCGAAACCCUGUUUACAACCAUGUACAUUAUUACAUAGCGAUAAAUGUUCUAGUAUUUCAGUUCAAAGUGCCACGUUUUUGGUGUUUUCUUAAAUACAGCUCCCUCUCCAUUUCGUUAGAUUGAUGUAUCUCUAAGCUUGCUUUCGGUUUGGAUCAAAAGCAUCAGAACAUGGCUACACAUUGUUGUGCUCAUGUAGUUGACAUGUAGUUGGUUUUUUUUCGACAUUCAUUGAAAGCAAGUCGAGUAAUUGGUUAGAUUUGACUCACUCGCUGCACUAUUAUUGCGCUUAUUUAUGUGGUGCAGCCAUUUAUUGUUUUCUCUAACUAAGUAUUAUGUCUGGAUUUUCUCUCAAUCUCUUUCUAGAAAGAGUCCAGGUCUGUUUCUGCGCAUGCCAACUCCUUAUGGAAUUGUCACCCCCCCCCCCCAAAAAAAAUGUCUUGACAACUCCACUGAGUUGGCAAACAAGCGCGAACAGGUCUGGGACCAGGCGAAUCUCUUUCCGCCCGGGAUGAACGUGUGACGUGUAUGUAUUUGGGAAGUUACACCCUGUCCACUGGGCAUUCGCGGGUUGAAUCAACUUUGUUUCCACAUUUCAAUGGAAUUACAUUGAACCAACUGGAAUAGACAUUGAAUUAACUUUGCCCAGUGGGUGACCAGUUUGCCGUGUUUUUCUGCUGUAGGGUGAAGUUGCAACCGUCACAAGACGGCGAUCUUGGGUCAAUUUUACAUUAUCCCCACUAUUGUUAAAAUUAGGAUUAGGGGAGAGGAAGCUGAUCCUGGAUCCUAGAGGAAACGUCGUCCCGGAGCCGUGUUUUCUCAUGUUUCCUACCUGGAAAGUAUUGGUGUGGAUCAUAAUAGCGGAUUUGUGACCUGUUUUUUUUUUUUUAAAUAUGUUCUACAUGUUUUAAUGGGAAAGAAAAUAAGUGUUUCGUUUCUCCUGUUUUCGUUGUUCCACCAUGUUGUUUUCUCUCAACGUGAUGAUGGUGUCGGCCGCGGCCAAACUCCACUCACUUUGGGGCCCUCACCUGGAAUUAAAGAACUAUCUUGCAGGCGAUGAUGAGGAUGCAAGCUGUUUGAGAACAA